CCUCACUGGGCAGUCAGCUGUGUGGAAUCUGGCGGGAACAUGACCGCGCACGCGGGUGUUUGUGUGUUGAUAGCAGUGUUGGUGAUAACUGAAGCAGCUCCGGACACUUCAACAUGGAUACGCUCUCCUCCACAACAGACCCUACAUGGACUGAUGGUGUCCAUAGAUGAGAGACUCCAGACCCUGGAAAACGCAAGAUGGGAGAUGACUUUGAGACAAACAGAACAGCGACUGGAAACUUUAGAAUCUUCCAUCCGAAGACUCGACUCCACCUUUCAAGACCGACUGGAUAAGCUGGAGAGGAAUCUCAACUCGAAGGAGCUCAAAGAUGAACUGACCGUAGAGAAACUAUCCCACAAGAUACGGGAUGUGAUGGACUCGAACUACGACCGUUACAACCGAAGGCUCAGCUACACAGAGGAAAAGCUGGAGAUGGUCUUGAAAAAAAUACAGAUGACAACUGAAGCCAGUCUCAACAGACUAGAAAAGCAGCAAGAAGAUGUCCAGACAGAAGUGCUGGAAGCAGUCACCCUGUUGGAGGAUCUCAAAAGUCAAUCGUCAACAGCCGAGGACAAACUCAACAACACACACAGGAUUAUUCAACAACAUAUCCAGAAGCUGAUAUCUCCAAAUCAGGAAGAGCUGCAAAAGAUAUCCGGAUCCUUGGAGCAUCUCGGAUCCAGACUCAACGGAUCACUACCACCAAUUGGAGUGUGGAGCAGUCAGAACGACGGACCUCCGACCACCGAUGUCUUAAUCAGCCUGAGGAGGGAGAUUGGCUCCGAGGGGACCAAGAUAACUAGCAAGAUCAACAACAUGUACAACGACCUAUGGCGUCGUGUCAUGUCGGUUGAAUCUUUAGUCAAGGACCUAAACAAGGUCGCCAACACAACACAACGAGAAGUCCUGGAAGUGAGAUCCCUAAUCCACCCGGACAAUCGGGAUUUCCCCGGAGACUCACAGGAGAAUUUCCUUGAGGUUGCCUUAGACGCAUUAGAACGUAAGCUACAAAGGAGACUAUUGGAUCUUGGUCGUAAAGUUGAUGAUAGACUCGACACUCUGACUGCGACACAAAACUUAGUCAUGGACAGCUGCUUUGACGGAGGAAUCUGUCGAGGACUGGAAUCCCGACUGUCACAAGUGCUUGAGAAAAUCUUUGAUGUCUUCUCGGACAAAAUUGAAGGAUUUUCAAACAGGACUCUUGAUCUUGACGGGCUGGUCAUGGAAAUGAUGGAAUUGGUCAAAUCUCAACACAGUCAGUUGAUAAGGACAGUCACCCACAACACCAACAUGGUUGUGACGCUGGCCAAGGACCACAGUGACUCUACCAAGCUGCUACAACACUCUGUCUCACAACUGACACAUCAGACUGUAAACAACUUGCAGGGAAUACACAAUGAAGUAUCAAAAAUAUCUAAUCAAAGUGCAAAUACCUGCAAUAAAAGUGAACCAGCCCGUGAAGACAAUAUUCUCCAGAAAACACAUAACCUUACAAACAGUACAGAGGAAACCCCAUUUGUGUCUACGACCACAGAAACUGUACUUCCAACAAAUACCACCAUUGUAGAAGACAAAAGUGAGAAAAACUACGAUUCAGGAGUUUUGAAGAUAACCCGUGACAUCGAUAUUUUAGCAGACAACAGCAGUGUAGCGAGUGCCUCAGUCUUAACACCUGUCGUAAUAAAACCAUUUCAUCCUCUUACACUGGAUUCUUCAAUACUACAAGUGAUUGAGUUGAUGACUUCAAAUCUGACCCAAGACCAAAAAGACUCACUACUACGCUUUCUCAACAGUACAAUAAGUCUGGACAGAUUAGAAGCUGUAAUUCAAAACACCGAGGCGGAUCCAGACGAUGAGAGCGGAGAAAUGUAUAAUUUAGAGCCGUUGAACAAAACUGAUGAUGAAGAGUCAAGCACUGCAGGAAACAUCCAGACGACGACUUUGACGACAGACUUAUCUCUGGAGGAAAACAUUUCUGAUGAAAAUAAUGAUGACAUUCAUAAUGAAGAAACUACUAUUACACUUACCAUGGCGAAUGGAACUACGUACAUGAUUGAUCAAAAAUCCAAUACAACCAACUCUGAAGAUAAACCCUCUGGUAUUCCAGAAGAUUUGAAAACUCUGCUCAAGUAUUAUGCACUAAUAAUGAAAAUUAAACACGGAAAUUUAAACAUAUCCGAGUUAUGGAAACCUUUACAAGUUUCCAAUUCAACUGAAAACCAUAAUCAAAGUUUACUACUACCUUUAGUAGAGACCUUGUGCUUUGGAGAAGAAAACAUACAAAGCGUUGCGACAGAUUCAAACUCAAAAAUGAGGGAAAGGCUUUUACUUAUACAUCAAAUCACGAGUGACAAAAGUCUGUAUGAGAGAAUUGAAAACGUUUGUAAUUCAAUGAAUGAGAAGAUAGUUUCCAAAGACUCUACUGAAGAAAUGUUGCAGAUAGAAUUAAAACAUCACGAAUGAGAGUUGCUAGAGAGUUGUAGUACAGAAUAAAGUGUCGACUAUUCUUUAGACUAUUCUCUGGUUGUAGAUACGUUUAUUUAGAUAUUUGUUAGAACUAUGUGUAAACUGUACAGAUAGUUUAAGUUUUAUUCUUUAGUUUUGAACUAGUCUUAAAUUAGAUGUUUUUAGUUAAUGUGAUGUAAAUGUUUCACUUGUGAGUUAGUUUUAGUUCAUAAUUUCUAAGUUUGGAGCUUUAAAAAAACACAGUGUUUGUAGUUGGUUUGAAUUGAGUCCAGUACUAUGUCGGAUAUAUUCCUUUUAGCGUAAGACUGCUUCAUUUGUUUAGAAAUAAACAAGCCUACCUAGAAAUCUUGUUAAUAAAGUCAAAGUCAGAAACAAACAGGCAGAAAAGUUAAAAAUAUUCAAGGGCUCGUCAUCCAAGUCAUUAAAUUAUGUAAGAUAUGAAAAGAGUAAAACAUCCGGAACACGUAAAAGAAACUGUGGAUCCAUGUAUCACUACAAGAAUUGUGAAAUUAUUUUAGAUGGGUAGAUUUUAUGGCUUUAAUCAACACUUAAAAUCUUAAGCAAAUCGAGAACGUAAAAAAAUAUUAUAUUACCUAUCGAUAAUUUAAGUGACAAAUUAAAAAAUUAUAAUUAGUUAAUUACCCGUAUUUUUAUUUUUAUUUUUUAUUAUUGAACUUUUAAAGUUAACAAAUUUUAGGACUCUUAAAUGUAAAAGUAAAUAUUAAAA